AUGGACAUGGGAGGUAUGCCAGGCGGUAUGCCCGACAUGCCCGUCAAUGUACCCAUCGACGACCCCAACGCCGACACUGAAUGGAAUGACAUUCUUCGCAAACACAAAAUCAUUCCCGAAAAGCCCCCGUCACCUACACCCAUGAUCGAGGAAGCCUUGACCGAAGCCCGUAGACUUGCACACGAGAAUCGCCUGGAAGGAAAAGAGCUCGACGAAUUGGCCGAGCUGGAAGACGAAGAAGACGAGGACUUUCUCGAGUUCUAUCGCCAAAAGCGCAUGAACGAACUUGCGGCCAUCCAGUCCGCCUCCGUCUACAACCAAGUUUAUCCCGUUCAAAAGCCCGAUUGGUCGCGCGACGUCACCGAAGAAUCAAAGAAAGCCUUCAUCCUCGUACUCCUCACCUCAUCGUCAGGCACAAACGUCGAGUCGCGUCUAUUGAUCGAAAUCUGGCGCGAGCUGGCCACCAAAUUUGGUGACAUCAAGUUCUGUCAGAUCCAGGCGAAUCUCUGUAUCGAGGGCUACCCGGAUAAGAAUACUCCGACUGUGCUCGUCUACAAAGAUGGCGACAUCAAGCGCCAGUUGGUCACUCUGCGUGACUUGAAGGGUGAUCGAACAACAAUCCGCGAUCUAGAGGAUCUGCUCCGCUCCCUGGGUGCUGUCGAUCCCAACGAUUCGAGACUACAACCCCGCCAGUAUGACGAAGCACCACAGUCCGCUCUCAGGAGCGCUGGCCAAGGUGCUGGCCUUGGCAACGAUGAUAGCGACAGUGAUUGGGACUAA